UCAGCAUUCACGUCUAAUUUUCGCUUUUCUCAUCCAUCACUUUCUCGUAUUCUGCUUGGGCUUGCCCAAAUUCACUCGCUAUCUUGACGCUGCGUCGUCGACUCCAUUCGUUUGCUUCGCUCUUUAUACUUCAUCGCACGGUUGAUCCAGUGUGUUUUACAACUUCGCCAUGAACUCCUUUCUUACUCUUGGUCUUUUCUUCCUUGCUGCUGCUGCAGCCGCUCCCCUGCCGGCACCUCAACAACUUCCUACUUAUGGCAGCGGCCUACCUUUCAAUCAAAUUGUUGCCUUUGGCGAUGAGCUUAGUGACAACGGCAAUGGUUCCUACGCUCAUGGCAUCACAGGCAGUCCGGCCAACGUGUACGGAUAUGGUACAUGGACCAAUGGCCCUGUGGCGGUCUCGUAUCUCAACGAUAAGCUGUCACUAGGUAAAUAUGGUCUGCGGGAUUAUGCAUUCGGCGGUGCGAACGGCGGCGCAGAGUUUGGAGCAACUCUAGAUAACACCUACACGAAGUCAAGUGCUGGCGCUGCAAGCUUGGUGGAUCAAAUCCACAAUUACAUUCAUUCGCGAACGUCCGUCUAUUAUACAAGCAACACCCUGGCCUUCCUGUGGGUUGGUCAGAAUGACCUGAGCCAGCACACGGAUGCAUUUUGGCUUGAAGAUUCUCAAAAUGCCCAGUUUGCUCAGGACUUCAGCUCCAAGAUCGCCGCUGCCGUCCAGACACUCCUAGAUGCUGGCGUUCCCUACGUGAUGGUAGCGAACAUCUAUCCAAAGCACAUUGCUCCCGUCACUGCAGCGUACCUCUGCGGAUCGGACACAAACUGCGUGGAGACAUGGGGGCAAGUCAUCAGCGACGCCAACGCAGCCCUCAAAAGCGCCUUGCAGCAAUUUGGCAAGCAAGUUAUCUACUACGACAGCUUUUCAUACAUCAAGAACCUCGCAAAUGCCGCGUAUGCGAAUGGCUUCACCCAGCCAGUGACAAACUUCUGCGACGGACAGAGCAAUUGGAAUUGGCAGGACUGCAUGGUUGACGGCAACGCCGGCGAUUACUUUUGGAUGAACUAUAUCCAGCCCACCACCAAGGUGCACGAAAUGAUUGCGGAAGACAUGAGAGGCGAGAUCUGGAAGCAUUUCGGCAGCGGCUAG